AUGCGGAAAGAGUGCGACGAGUUGCUCGCCGCGGAAGUCCGCAACGCGGACGGGUACCGCGCGUGGAGACGGCGAUGCGACGAGUGUCUCCGACUCCUGCGGGAGCAGGAAGGCGGUAGCGGCGGCAGCAACGGCAGAGGUUUCUCGUGGAUCGAGAUCGACGCGGCGUUCCAACGUCGGGUGCUGACCGACGCCGUGACGAACUCGACGUACAUCGAGCCCGCGCGAUUUCUCGACAACGCGAAGGGCACUGUGCUCGAAAAGGUGCGGGAUAAUAUGACCGAACACGGGUGUUUGAAGGUCAACGUCAUAUUCAACGGGGAAUUCGUAGCAGACGUUAAGACCGACGUGAAGAGUAUCGCUACGCGGAACGAACAGCUUCUCCCGGGGUCCGAUCUGAGCGAGUGGUACAAUAGACACGUGCGCGACGCAAUUCUAACGCGGUUGGAAGAAUUUCAGAAACGCGACAGCGAAUGGGCGUUGUCGCGAAUAUUGAACCUAAUCAUGAACGUGAACAAGUGUAAUCCCAUGCGCGUGGGAUGUUGGAUGAAAAUACCGCUGGGUAUAAGACUUAAACAGGCGGUGAUCAACGUGCGAUCGGAGAACGACGCGUGUUUUGCGCGCGCGGUGAUCGCAGCUCUGUAUCCCGCCAAGCACAACGCGGAACGAUGCGGCUCGUAUCCCGAUUACGCGACGGUGCUGAAUCUCGACGGGAUCGAUUUUCCCACAGAUCUGAAAAAGAUCGGAAAAUUCGAACGUCAGAACGACGUAUCGAUCAACGUGUUUACAACUCGGGAAGGAAUUGAAAAGAAAGCUAAGUUCGGCCGGGGCGCCGACGACAACGCGAUCGUGCCUUUGCGGUUGACCGACGAUAAGAGGAACAGGCACGUAAAUCUGCUGUAUCUGCGCGAUACGCUGCGCGGCGUCAACAGGGGCCAUUUCGCCUGGAUUAAGAAUCUGUCGCGAUUGGUGAAUUCGCAAUUGACCGCGAAACGGUGCGCGAAGCACGUUUGCGAUCGAUGUCUACACUAUUUCUAUACGCGCGAUAAGUUGGCCGCCCACAGCGUCGACUGCGGCCGAAUGAACGACUGCGCCGUCGUUCUCCCGAACGAGUGCGACAAGUGGCUGUCUUUCGACAAUCACGACAGAAAGGAGCAACUUCCCUUCGUGGUGUACGCGGAUCUGGAGUGUCUUCUCGAACGACGGGAGAGGGAAAACGUCGAAGGGGGGCCGAGAACGGAAAGAUACGCUUAUCAGCGUCACGUACCGUUUAGCCUGGGCUACUAUCUGUGCUGCACCUACGACGAUACCGCGUCCGCGUACAGAUAUCAUCGCGGCGAGGAUUGCGUUUCGUGGUUCGUGAACAAGCUUCGCGUUUUCGCGCAUCGCGUUAAGAAUAAAUUUUCCAUCAAUAUAGCGAUGGUGGAACUUACGGAGGACGAGAAAAGCGAAUUUCUGCUCGCGACUCAUUGUCACGUGUGCGGAAAACCGUUUCAACCGGAGGACAAGCGUGUGCGGGAUCACUGUCACCUAACCGGACGUUACAGAGGUCCGGCGCAUUCUCGUUGCAAUCUGAAUUACAGAAACGUUUACGCGAUUCCCGUGUUCUUUCACAAUCUGUCGGGUUACGACGCGCACUUCGUCGUCGAGAAAAUCGCGAACGAUUUCGAGGACGGGGUCGAUCUGCUGCCGCUCACGAAGGAAAACUACAUAUUCUCGAAGACCGUUAAGGAGACGCAGACGGACGGGAAAUGGGAUCGGUACGUGAAGCUUCGAUUCGUGGACUCGUAUAAAUUUUUAGCGGCGAGUAUCGAAACCCUGGCGUCCUAUCUGAACAAGGACAAACUGAGAAUCACGCGUUCGGCGUACGCGGAUUUGAGCGCGGAGGAUCUCGAUCUGCUCACUCGCGAGGGAGUGUUUCCGUACGAGUACGUCGACGGCGCGGACAAACUGCGGGAUACCGAGCUUCCGCCACGCGAGGCCUUUUACAGCUCCCUGACCGACGAGACCGCGAGCGAGACCGACGUGCUUUUUCUGGCGGAUAUAUUUGAAAAUUUUCGGGACGCGUGUUCGGCGAGUUACGGGCUCGAUCCCGCGCAUUACUACACGUUGCCGGGGUACACAUGGGACGCCAUGCUGAGGUACACCGGCGUGCGUUUCGAGCUGCUCACCGACAUCGACAUGGUGCUGUUCGUGGAACGCGGAAUACGCGGCGGCCCCAGUCAAUGUUCGCUCAGGUACGCGCGAGCCAACAACAGGCACGUACCGACGCACGACUCGUCCCAACCCACUACGUAUCUCAUGUAUUACGACGUGAACAAUCUGUACGGCUGGGCUAUGAGCGAAUCGUUGCCCUACGCGAAUUUCCAGUGGCUCGACGACCCUGAGAAUUUCGACGCGACGACCGUGCCGGCGGACAGCGACGUCGGUUAUAUUUUGGAGGUGGAUCUCAAGUAUCCGCGGGACCUGCACGACGCCCACGCGGAUCUGCCGUUGUGCCCGACGCGCGACAAACCGCCCGGCAAGCGACAGGAGAAACUGCUCGCCACUCUCUACGACAAAUCGCGCUACGUGACGCACUAUCGAAACCUGCAGCAAUAUCUGCGACUAGGUAUGCGUCUGACGCGCGUUCGUCGCGUUCUGCGAUUUGCCCAGUUGCCGUGGCUUCGCGUUUACAUCAAGCUGAACACCGCGCUUAGGACGCGCGCGAGCAACGAGUUCGAACGGAAUUUGUACAAACUAAUGAACAACGCCGUCUUCGGCAAGACUAUGGAGAACGUGCGCGAUCACGUGGACGUGCGUCUCGUGACGCGAUGGGACGGGAGAUACGGCGCGGAGGCGUUGAUCGCUAAGCCGUACUUUCACAGCAGGAGCGUCUUCUCGGAGAAUCUGGUGGCGAUCGAGCUGCGAAGGCUCGAAGUAAAAUUCAACAAGUCGAUCUACGUGGGUAUGUCUAUUCUCGAGAUAUCCAAGACGCGUCUCUACGAGUUUCACUACGACUACAUGGUGCCGCUCUAUCGCGACCGUUGUCGAAUUGCCUACACGGAUACGGACAGUCUGAUCUAUUCGCUGGAGUGCGAAGACGCGUACGAGCGUAUGAAACGCGACGUGCACAGGUUCGACACGAGCGAUUACGCGGAGAACAACGCGCAUGGUAUGCCGCGCGUCAACAAGAAGGUGCCCGGUUUGAUGAAGGACGAGAACAACGGCGCGAUCAUGACGGAGUUCGUACUCGGACGCGACGACACCAAGAGAAUAAAGGGCGUCAAGAGAAACGUAGUCGCGAAGAGGAUCACGUUCGAGGAUUACGUGGCGUGCCUGCGGAACGCGCGCGAGCUGAAGACGCGCCAGUCGUGCAUACGCUCGACGCUGCACGAGGUUAACACCGUGUCGGAGCAAAAACUAGCCUUCAGUCCGCACGACGACAAGCGAUACGUGACGUCGAACGGCGAGGAGACGCUUCCGUGGGGACAUUACAAAAUACCGUUACGUUUUAUCUAUCCACGAAUUGUGCGAACUGUCCAUUCCCAGCCACUUCACGAACGCUCGAUUGCCGCGCUUGCGCAGGACUUUUUCCACGAGAUAGACGUCGGGAUUGAAGACGCGCAGCAACUCGUGUUCGUAGAAUCAUCCGGCUAUCGCUUCUCCGCGAACGUCUUUCAACAGAUACGUAACGGGAUUGGUCCUUUGUACUUUGGCUAUGCGAAAGAUCUCCAAUUGGGAGUGUAG